CUGACGCUGCGGCGCGGUGUAGGCUGGGAUAGCAUCCGGGUUCUCUGCUGAGGCGUUGGGCCUGCUUCUUCCUCGCGUUUCUCUCCGGGGCUGCGGCCGCUUUUCUCCUACCGGCGCCAUGGCGAUGCAAGCGGCCAAGCGAGCCAACAUUCGGCUGCCUCCAGAAGUCAAUCGGAUCCUGUAUAUUAGGAACCUGCCAUAUAAAAUCACAGCGGAGGAAAUGUAUGAUAUCUUUGGGAAAUACGGGCCUAUUCGACAAAUCAGAGUUGGAAACACUCCUGAAACUAGAGGAACGGCCUAUGUGGUUUAUGAAGACAUCUUUGAUGCCAAAAAUGCUUGUGAUCACCUGUCGGGAUUCAAUGUGUGCAACAGAUACCUCGUUGUUUUAUACUAUAAUGCAAACAGGGCAUUCCAAAAGAUGGACACAAAGAAGAAAGAGGAACAGCUUAAGCUUCUCAAGGAAAAAUACGGAAUUAAUACAGACCCACCAAAAUAAACUGAUCUUUUGGAAAA